AUGAACAUGAUCAUCCAAGCUGAGCAAGGCAUCUGGCCAUCUGAAGAGGUUCUGGCUUACUACUGCCUCAAGCACAGUAAUACAUUCAGGGACCUUGCUGUGUGUGAGCUAGGGGGUGGCAUGACAUGCUUGGCUGGGCUCAUGGUUGCUAUUUCUGCAGAUGUCAAAGAAGUUCUGUUAACUGAUGGGAAUGAAAAGGCCAUCAGGAAUGUGAGAGACAUCAUCACAAGGAAUCAGAAGGCUGGUGUGUUUAAGACUCAGAAGAUAUCAAGCUGCGUUUUACGAUGGGAUAAUGAGACAGAUGUCUCUCAACUGGAAGGACAUUUUGACAUUGUUAUGUGUGCUGACUGCCUGUUUCUGGACCAGUACAGAGCCAGCCUUGUUGAUGCAGUAAAGAGAUUACUCCAGCCCAGGGGGAAAGCGAUGGUAUUCGCCCCAUGCCGAGGGAAUACUUUAAACCAGUUUUGCAAUUUAGCUGAAAAAGCUGGUUUCUCUAUCCAAAGACAUGAAAAUUAUGAUGAACACAUUUCAAACUUCCACUCCAAGUUGAAAGAGGAAAACUCUGAUGUAUAUGAAGAAAACCUUCAUUACCCACUUCUGCUUAUUUUAACCAAAAAUGGAUAGAAGAUUAAGCUUCUCAAAAGACCAAGAAAACAUCAAAUGCACAGGAACUAUUUUUACAAAAUCAGAAAUCUGUAAUGGGUAUAAUAUGCAGCAAGCCAUUGGAUCCCUGAGAUUUCUGAGCCCCAGGACUGGGGCCCCCACCCCAUUUGCCACAUUCUAUGUUUGGGUUAUGGGUUCCACCUGUCCCCACCCACAUUAUUCCCCAGCCAUCCUCGCCCAGCUCCCUCACCUCUCUUUUUACAGUCUGCUUGUUGCUCUUCCUGCACCAAACCUUUGU